AUGUCCGACAACGGCGAGGUCGAAGUCGAGAACCCCGUCACCGGUUACCCCGUCCUCCCCAAAGAUGUUACCAACGAAAUUGGCAGCAUCAAACUCUUCAACAAAUGGAGUUAUGAAGAUGUGGAAGUUCGCGAUAUCUCAUUGACCGACUACAUCCAAAUCCGAUCCCCUGUCUAUAUCUCUCAUUCCGCCGGUCGAUAUGCUGCAAAGCGAUUCCGAAAGGCUCAGUGCCCCAUCAUUGAGCGACUGACCAACUCUCUCAUGAUGAACGGACGAAACAACGGCAAGAAGCUGAUGGCUAUCCGCAUUGUUGCACACUCAUUCGAGAUUAUCCACAUCAUGACCGACCAAAAUCCCAUUCAAAUCGCCGUCGAUGCCAUUGUCAACUGUGGUCCUCGAGAAGACAGCACCCGAAUUGGAAGCGCUGGUACCGUCCGAAGACAAGCCGUUGAUGUCUCCCCUCUCCGUCGUGUCAACCAAGCUAUUGCCCUUCUCACCAUUGGUGCACGUGAGGCUUCGUUCCGAAACGUGAAGAGCAUUGCCGAGUGUCUCGCCGAAGAGCUGAUCAAUGCUGCCAAGGGAAGCAGCAACUCCUACGCCAUCAAGAAGAAGGACGAGCUGGAACGUGUCGCCAAGAGCAAUCGGUAA